AUGAUACAUGGUUUUAUUAGUAAUUAUACACAUAUCAAAUUUUUUCGUGUACAAAAGAACUUUUAUUCGAAUUCAUAUGAAUAUUUUCAAAGUCAAGAAUUAGAAAUGUUUAACUAUUUGUCUGAAACAUUAUCGUCUAUUGAUACGUCAACAAUAACUGAAAAUAAAAGAAAAUUAGCUGUUAAUAAAGAUACAUGGAAAAUUUUUAUAAAGUUUUUAACAAUGGAUUUUGGCUAUUAUGAUUAUGAUGGAUUACAAAUAGAACCUAAUGAUGAUUUACUUGCUGAUCGAUAUAUGAUAACAAAAAAAUUAGGAAAUCGUUACAAAUCAAUGGUUUAUUUAUUAGAAAAAAAUCAAGAUAACCAUUCAACUGAAGAUUCUCAGCAUUAUGUUAUGAAAAUAUUAAAAACAGAUACAGAUUCAGAAUAUUUAUUAAAUGAAGUUAAAAUAACAAAAAUAUUAAAAAGAUUUAAUAAUUCAAACAAAUUUUAUUUAUUUUUUCAAAAUAUUAUUGAUCGACCAUCUUCAAGUAAGACAUUUGUCUAUUGA